CCCCGCGAUGCCGCCGCCGAGUGGCCCCAGCGUCCUCGCGCGGCUGCUGCCGCUGCUGGGGCUGCUGCUCGGCGGCGCCUCCCGGGCUCCCGGCAAGUCGCCGCCGGAGCCCCCCAGCCCGCAGGAGAUCCUGAUCAAGGUGCAGGUGUAUGUGAGCGGGGAGCUGGUGCCCUUGGCCCGGGCCUCAGUGGAUGUGUUUGGAAACCGGAUGCUGCUGGCUGCCGGCACCACGGACUCAGAGGGCGUGGCCACACUGCCCCUCAGCUACCGCCUGGGCACCUGGGUGCUGGUUACUGCUGCCCGCCCUGGCUUCCUCACCAACUCUGUGCCCUGGCGUGUUGACAAGCUGCCCUUGUAUGCGUCAGUCAGCCUCUACCUGCUCCCUGAGCGGCCGGCCACCCUCAUCCUCUAUGAGGACCUGGUGCACAUCCUCCUGGGCUCUCCUGGUGCCCGCUCCCAGCCCUGGGUGCAGUUCCAGCGCCGGGCUGCCCGCCUGCCUGUCACUUCUACCUACAGCCAGCUCUGGGCUUCGCUCACACCUGCCAGCACCCAGCAGGAAAUGCGGGCUUUCCCUGCCUUCCUGGGCACGGAGGCCUCCAGCUCAGGCAACGGCUCCUGGCUGGAGCUGAUGCCCGUGGCCGCUGUGAGUGUGCACCUGCUGGCAGGUAAUGGGACAGAGGUGCCGCUCUCAGGCCCCAUUCACCUAUCCCUGCCAGUGCCCUCAGAACCUCGUGCCCUCGCCGUGGGCACCAGCAUUCCAGCCUGGAGGUUCGACCCCAAGAGUGGGCUGUGGGUGCGCAACGGCACAGGUGUGAUCCGAAAGGAAGGCCGGCAGCUCUACUGGACCUUCAUCUCCCCUCAGCUGGGGUACUGGGCAGCCGCCAUGGCCUCCCCGACGGCUGGGCUGGUCACCAUCACAUCGGGCAUCCAGGACAUCGGCACCUACCACACUAUCUUCCUGCUCACCAUCCUGGCAGCCCUGGCCCUGCUCGUGCUCAUUCUGCUGUGUCUGCUCGUCUACUACUGUCGGAGGCGCUGCUUGAAGCCGCGGCAACAGCACCGCAAGCUGCAGCUCUCCGGCCCCUCUGACGGUAACAAACGAGACCAGGCCACCUCGAUGUCCCAGCUCCACCUCAUCUGUGGGGGACCCCUGGAGCCCGCGCCGUCCGGGGACCCCGAGGCUCCACCUCCAGGGCCCCUCCACUCAGCCUUCUCCAGCUCCCGGGACUUGACCGCCUCCCGGGACGACUUCUUCCGUGCCAAGCCGCGCUCCGCCAGCCGCCCGGUGGCCGAGCCUACGGGUGCCCGCGGGGGCGAGGGCGCCGGGCUCAAGGGCGCCCGCUCCGUCGAGGGUCCCGCCGGGCUGGAGCCAGGCCUGGAGGAGUACCGGCGGGGGGCCCCGGGGACCCCGGCCUUUCUGCAGGAGCCGCCCUCGCCACCGCCGCCCUUCGAGCACUACCUGGGCCACAAGGGGGCGGCCGAGAGCAAAACCCCCGACUUCCUGCUGUCGCAGUCGGUGGACCAGCUGGCGCGGCCUCCGUCGCUCAGCCAGGCCGGGCAGCUCAUCUUCUGCGGCUCCAUCGACCACCUUAAGGACAGCGUCUACCGCAACGUCAUGCCCACUCUGGUGAUCCCCGCGCACUACGUGCGCCUAGGAGGCGAGGCGGGCGCAACGGGGGCAGGAGAGGAGUCGGCCCCGCCCGAGGGCGCGGCCCCCGGCCCCGCACGCCCUUUUCCCCAGCCCGACCCCCAGCGCCCUCUGAUGCCAGGCCACUCGGGCGCGGGGGGCGAGGGCGGCGGCGGUGGUGGCGGCGAGGGCUGGGGGAGUGGGCGCGCGGCGCCGGUCAGCGGCUCGGUCACCAUCCCGGUGCUGUUCAACGAGUCGACGAUGGCGCAGCUCAACGGAGAGCUGCAGGCCCUGACCGAGAAGAAGCUGCUGGAACUGGGCGUGAAGCCUCACCCGCGCGCCUGGUUCGUGUCCCUCGACGGGCGCUCCAACUCGCAAGUGCGCCACUCGUACAUCGACCUGCAGGCGGGCGGCGGCGGCCGCAGCACGGACGCCAGCCUGGACUCGGGCGUCGACGUGCACGAGGCGCGGCCGGCGCGCCGGCGGCCCCUGCGGGAGGAGCGGGAGCGCGCCCCGGCCGCCGCCCCGCCGCCGCCGCCGCCGCCCCCGCCGGCGCCCCCGCGCCUGGCGCUCAGCGAGGACACGGAGCCGAGCAGCAGCGAGAGCCGCACAGGCCUCUGCUCCCCGGAGGACAACUCGCUGACGCCGCUGCUGGACGAGGUGGCGGCGCCCGAGGGCCGGGCGGCCACGGUACCCCGGGGGCGGGGCCGCAGCCGCGGGGACAGUUCUCGCAGCAGCGCCAGCGAAUUGCGGCGCGAUUCGCUCACCAGCCCGGAGGACGAGCUGGGGGCGGAGGUGGGCGACGAAGCGGGCGACAAGAAGAGCCCGUGGCAGCGGCGGGAGGAGCGGCCGCUCAUGGUGUUCAACGUCAAGUAG